CAUCGAAACAGGAAGCAAAACAGAACAAAACAGAAAGGCAGUUGUUUUGUAUAAAUUUUAAUAAUAUGGGAGGAUCACAGAGUGUCUUCACGGAACAAGAACUAACUGACUAUCAGGAGCUGACAUACUUUACAAAGAAAGAAAUAUUGCAUGUAUUCAAAAGAUUCCAGGAGCUUGAUCAAGCAAGCGUUAACAGUAACAAAAAUGCCAAGCUUUCCAGGGAAACCAUUCUAAACCUUCCAGAAUUAAUGGUGAACCCAUUUAAUGACAGAAUCACCACAGUCUUCUCAUCGUCGGGGGAUGGAAGUAUGACUUUUGAGGAUUUCCUUGAUAUGAUGUCAGUGUUCAGUGAUAAUGCACCCAAAAAUGUCAAAGUGGAAUAUGCUUUCAGGAUUUAUGAUUUUGAUGAAGAUGAGGUCAUCAGUGGCAAAGACCUAAGGCAGGUAAUAAACAGAUUGACAGGGGAGCAAAAACUGACUGAUGAGGAGAUGGAACAACUCAUCCAAAAUAUUUUGGAAGAGGCUGACUUGGAUGAUGAUGAUUCCCUCUCAUUUGCUGAAUUUGAACAUGUCAUCUCAAAGGCUCCUGAUUUCAUUAAUUCAUUUAGAAUCAGGCUGUGAAAAACAACAAACAAACAAACAAUCCAGCUGCUGACUGUGAUACACCAAAAUCAUCCAUUGUCUGAAAGACUUUAUAAAGUCCUUACACGGUUGUGAACAUUGUUAAAAUUUAAAUCUCUUAAAAUUGUUAUUAUUUUUAUUAUUUAUUAUUCAUCAUGUCAAAUCUUUUAUAGUCUUUCUUUUUAUUGUAGAUUUACUUUCUGCUCCAAACAUUUUAAUUCAUGUUUCAUGUUUUUGUUGGUACCCAAGAUUAAUUCUUCCCUAUCUCAGUGCAAUGCACAUUAUUACUUGUUUCAUUAUUUCAUAUUUUUUUAAAAUGACCAAUACAAAGGGCACAGUGCAUAAAUCAGCAUUAUAUAUUGUAUGUUUAAAGGAUAAUUGUUUUCUGUUGAUUGUUUUUAAACUACUUUUGCAGAUACAUGUAUACUGUUUCUUAUUAUCAGCUCCGUCUAUCUGUGUAUAAUAUUCUUCAGUUUUAUUGCUAUUACUUUAAUACCAGUAUGUAUACAUCUUCAGAUGCAAAAAUUACACAUUUUUUUGUUGAAUAUUGCCACAUAAUUGUGUGUAUUAAAAUCCAUGCAACUUUGAAACUACAGAAUUUGUAUUUAGGUGACUUCUAAGGAUGGAUAAUUAGCUUUUGCAAGGGUAAAAGACAUUUUCUGGAUUUUUAAAUUCCAUUAGCUGUGUUCAUAUUUUAUUUUAUACAUUUACCUUUUUUGUUUUUCAUUUUCUUUACCUUUAGUGGUGCUGGGUUUGUCAGGUUACUCAGAUAAUUGAAGAAAUACAACUUUCGUGAAUGCACAUUCUUUCCCUUUAAUGUUAAUUUUCAAACAAAUAAACUUAUUGCCGCAUUAA